AUGAAAAUAUCUAUUCAAACAAAUUUAACACAGAAACACUUACCAUUUGAUGAUAUUUCUGCAGAUUAUUGUGAUGGUUCACUACCUUCACCUUCUAAAGUUUUAUUUACUUGUGACUUCGAGUCAUCUUGUUCAGAGAAUUUUGUUUCAUUACCUACAUAUCCAUAUAUAUGGUUAAUAUCAAAUGCAACUGACGCUUGUGGAAUUGAAUUAUUUGCACCAUCUACUGAUUAUACAUUUGGAAACAAAUCAGGACAUUAUGCAUUUGUGCCGGUUUUCAAAAUAGUCGAUAUUGGUAAAGUUGGUUAUCUACAUUUACAAAAACAAUUACAAGUCACAUCUCAAGAAUCUUAUUGUUUGAAUUUUCAAUAUUGUGCUUAUCCAUCAAAGGGUGGAAGUUACUUGAAAAUUUAUUCAUGGGCCUCAGAUGAAUCUAAAGUUAUUCAAAUGUUAUGGCCUGGAGAAAGAUCAAGUUAUUACAUAUUGGGCGGUCGAUGGUAA